CGCGCCAAUCAGGAAUAACGGGAGCUGCGGCCGGCGCGAAGGCCCCAUUCCAAGGAAGCUUGUCCCACCCGGCGCACCGUCGGUCUCUACGGGGCGUUCUAGAGACUCCUAGCUACGCGGGCUGCGCGCGGGGCCCUCGGAGAGCCAUGGCUGCAGUCAACCCCACCGUCUUCCUGGUGAUGGUGAACGGGCAAGUGGAGAGCGGCCAGUUUCCUGAAUUUAAUGAUCUCUACUGCAAGUAUUGUUUCGUUUAUGGCCAAGACUGGAUACCAACAUCUGGCUUAGAAGAGGGAAUAUCUCAAAUUACUUCUAAAAGCCAAGAUAGACAGCGAAGCCUGGUGUGGAACUUCCCUAUUGAUAUCACCUUUAAAAGUACUAAUCCUUAUGGCUGGCCACAAAUAGUGAUAAGUGUGUAUGGACCUGACGUUUUUGGAAAUGAUGUGGUUCGAGGUUAUGGAGCUGUACAUGUGCCUUUCAUUCCUGGCCGACACAAAAGGACUAUCCCUAUGUUUGUACCAGAAUCGACAUCUAAACUGCAAAAAUUGACGAGCUGGUUCAUGGGACGAAGGCCUGAAUACACAGACCCCAAGCUAGUAGCUCAGGGAGAAGGAAGAGAAGUUACAAGGGUUCGCUCCCAGGGCUUUGUUACCCUUUUGUUGAAUGUGGUGACGAAGGACAUGAAGAAACUAGGCUAUGAUACCAACACUUUGGACAUGCAGACCUCUUCAGUGAUCGACCUGUCAGAAGGCAUCCUGAAGUAAUUAUAAAAUAUUACCAAUAUCCUUUAAGUUAAAUAGCAUUUACCUUUUAAUAUGUUUAUAGCUGGCCCCAUUUAAAGCCAAACUGCUGAUAUAUACUAAAUUUAUUGUUAUGUUUAUUUACUUAAGUAUCAUUAUAUCCAUAUCACCUUGAUAGCACCUGUAGCCAAAUAUUUUUAUAUAAUAAAUGAUUAUAUUAUUGGAGAA